GAGUAGCUACAGUUGUUCAGGUUAGCCCCAACAUUUUUAAUCGACUUGAAAAUGUCGUUGAGAUCGUUCAGUCUCGUCUUCACAGUCGCGGCCGUGUAUUUCUUCGUUUUCGUUGCCGGUCAAGAACAACUUAAACUUCCUGCUGAAAUAAAAACAUGUAAAAGAGAUGCAGAUGAUUUCUCAUCCUGUUUGAGAUUGGCUCUUCAAGAAUCAUGGCCAUUAUUUGUCAAAGGUAUUCCCGAGUUUGGUAUGCCUCAAUUAGAUCCAUUCUACGACAAAUACGGAGAAUUUGAAUUUGGAAGUAAUGAAUUCCAUGGGAAAAUAAUUACUAAGGAUAUUUAUUAUUAUGGUUUCAAGAAUAUGAAAUUUUUGGCCGUCAGACCUGAAUACACUGGUGAUAGAUUUAAAUUAGAAGUCGACAUUGAGAUGCCUAAAGGUCUUGCCGAAGGAAAUUUUAUUGUUAAUGCUAAUUUGAUCAAUUUCAAACUCAAUGGAGAAGGUCCUUUUAAUGUUAGCGCAGAAGAUAUAAAAGUAACCUGGUUUAUAAAUGGUCCUGUUAAAAAUGAUAGAUGGAUAAUUGAAGAGUAUCGUCCAAGACCUACAAUACGUAAAUUAAAAGUAUGGGCAGAAAAUCUCUUUAAUGGCAAUCCUGAAUUAACCCAAAUUGCUUUGAGUUUCAUGAAUGAAUUUUGGCCAACUUUAUACCGUGGAAUGAUUCCAUUCGUAGAAGAAGUAUGGAGCAAAAAAUACUCACCAAUAUUAAAUAAUUUCUUUUCCAAACUUUCUUUCAACGAAGUCUUUCCUACUUCAUAAAGAAACACACAAACAUACAAACUUUGUUUCUAAAAUUAUUAAAUUUAAGAAGUAAUAUUUCUAAAGUUUUUUUUUUAUAAUAAUAAUAGUCGUACAAGUAGUAAAAAUGAAUGUCUUCGUGAACCUAAGAACGUAAGAAUUGCCGGUAGAAAUAAAACAAAUUUUUUUUUAAGAAUUUUAUGCACACUCGUAUGAAGGUAAUGAAAUUUCUAUUGUAUGUAUUUAUUUAUGUUCGUUAGUUAUUUUCUUUUUAAUAAAUGAAAAUAAUGACAGGAGAAA